GGGGCGCCGAGGGACAGGGACGCCGCCGCCAGCCGCUGCCGGCGACCGCGGGACCCGGCGUGACCUGCACCCGGGGGCGCGGGGUCGGGGGGCCCGAGAGCCAGACCCGCGCGGCUGACGACGAGCUCGGCGACCCCCGCCCCGGGCACGACGAGCGGUGCCCUCCAGGCUGCGCCAUGAGGCUGCUGCAGGUGCUGCGCGACCACUGGGUGCACGUGCUGGUGCCCGCGGGCUUCGUGUUCGGCUGCGUCCUGGACCGGAGGGCGGACGAGCAGCUGGCGGCCUUCAGGAACCGGAGCGCGCUCUUCCGCCGGGAGCUGCGGCCCAGUGAAGACGCCACCUGGAAGUGAGGCUGCCUGCGGGGCUCCGGCGCCAAUAAAAUGUGUCGGCGCCCGGA